UACAUUUUUACAACCAAACAUGAGUGGUAGAGGCAAAACCGGUGGUAAGGCGAGAGCGAAGGCCAAGAGUCGUUCAUCCAGAGCAGGGCUGCAGUUCCCCGUCGGUCGUGUUCACAGGCUUCUCCGCAAAGGUAACUACGCACAGCGCGUCGGUGCCGGAGCUCCCGUUUAUCUGGCGGCUGUGCUCGAGUAUCUUACCGCGGAGAUCCUGGAGCUGGCUGGAAACGCCGCCAGAGACAACAAGAAGACCCGCAUCAUUCCCCGUCACCUGCAGCUGGCGGUGCGCAACGACGAGGAGCUGAACAAACUCCUGGGCCGAGUGACCAUCGCUCAGGGCGGCGUGCUGCCCAACAUCCAGGCCGUGCUGCUGCCCAAGAAGAGCGAGAAACCCGCCAAAGCAAAGUAAACCGUUUGAAGUCUGUUUCUGAAACCCAAAGGCUCUUUUUAGAGCCACCCAUGUUAUCUCUCACAGAGCACAUUUAUCUGCUUUAUACAGUCUGGUCAGUACAAGCAUACAAGUUGUGCGUUGGUUAUUAAAACCAAGCUAUAAACCAUUGUUUAACGUGUAAGCAAUGAGUGUUUCACUUCUAAAAUACACGGUUCAGAAAAAAGUCGAUCUUAGUGUUUUAUUGAUUUAUUUAUUUUUUUGGUAACAAGCAUAUUUCAAUACUGAAGCCACGUUUUCAAAACUAUUCACACAUUCAGCGAUACAGAAGUCUAUGCUAAACAAACUGAAUCGUUUUUCAUUGCUUUCCGGCAAUGCGUUCAAUGGCCACAUUUUUCAAAAUCCACAAACUCU